CUUCUUUUCUUGAAAUUUUGAUUCAGCAGCAUUGAUGGAUACUGUAUAUCAUUCUUUGGUAUUUGAAUAUCUCAUCCAUAACUGCUAUAAGAAUACAGCAAGAGCAUUGCUCAAAGAAAAAAAUGAACUUGAGAACUUCCAUGUUAGAACGUCAUAUGUUAACAAAAUACAAUUUAUGGCUAAAACAGAAAUUGAUGAUGAUCAUACAUGGACCUUGUUAGAUGCAAGAAAAAGUAUUAUCGCAGCUAUUGAAACUGGCGAUAUAAACCUGGCCUUUGCUUUGAUCAAGAAAUCUUUUCCAACUAUUGCCGUGCAUAAUCUGAUCCCUAACGGAGUCCCUCCACCCAAUGAUAAUGAAGCCAUCAAAAUACACAAUAUUCUAUUUCAACUAAAAUGCCAACAAUUCAUUGAGAUUAUCCGUACUUCUACAGUUCAGCAAGCACUUCGUUACGCUCAGGUUAAUCUUCGACCGACAAACGCAACCACAACAAAACUAGUAGAGGAGGUCACCACUCUGAUCGCUUAUACCGAUCCAUAUCAGUCUCAAGUGGGUCACUUAUUAGCACAAGAUAGACGGAGUCAAUUAGCUACAGAAGUGAAUCAUAUUCUUUUAGCACACUGUAAUCUUCCUAUUCAAACCUCUAUUGAAAGGUUGAGCAGACAAAUGUUGUUGGUAGAAGAAGAGUUGGCAAAAGAAGACGAGUCAUCAAUCGAUAUCAGAGAAAAGAUGUCAAUAUAAACAACAUCCAGAAUAUUGAGCAAUCGAAACUGCAUUAGAUCCGACACGCACAGACAAAACAAAAAAAAAAAAAAAAAAAAAAAAAAAAAAAAUACAAAA